UGGGUGGCGGUAAUGCACCAUAACGUUGUUUUCCAACCGCCAAUGAACGUCAAAAGAAGAAGAAGAUAAGGAACUCUGUGGCGAUAGCUAGUUAAAAGUGGUGUCUUAGAUGACAAAGCUCAGAUCGGGAAACCGAAACAGAGAGGAAUUAUGUUUGAAAACUUCAAAGAAAGACUUCACAUGGUGCAGCAGGAUUUCUCAACAGGCUUCAAGACCCUCGGAGACAGAUCCAGAGACACCAAAAUCAGGAGGCGACCCAGGUUUGAAGAAAGUGUUCCUCAAUUUAGUGCUGGACUGGAAAUCCUCAGCAGAUAUGAGGACAGUUGGUUUCCGCUGCAUAAAAGAACUAAAGACUGUGCUGAGGCUGCAGAGUCAGUAGAUGGCGACAUAGUCAUGCUUUCAGCACACUGGGAGAGAAGAAGAACAGCUCUGAUACAACUACAGAAACAGCUGCAGAGCUUGCCGACCUUUAUCAGCGAACUUGAUGCCAUCACUGCUAACAUAGCACACUUGGAAGGCGACUUUGAGGAGAUGGAGAGCAGGCUGGUGUACCUGGAAACUUUGUGUUUUCAGUGUGAACAACAGACAUUCAGACAACAACAUCUCAACAAACUGGAAGACUAUAAGAAAAAGAAGAGGAGAGAGGUGGAGGCCCUGGAAGUGGAAUUGAAUUCUCAGCAUGCUCAGAAGGUGGCAGAGCUGGAGAUGGCUACGCAGCAGAAACUGAGAGAGCGGCAGAGAGUCUAUGAGGAAGCCUUUAACCAUGACAUGAAGCAAUACCUAUCCACAGGAUAUCUGCAACAUAGAGGACCAUCUGAAGCUGAUGUGUGUGUCCUGGAUCAGAUGACAGUAACUAAUAUAUCAGACCAGGAGGCUUUGGAUGACUUCCUUAACUCUACUGAUGAUGACAUCAGCACUGGAUCAUCUCUGACCUCAGGUCCUGAUCUUGAGUGCAGCUUUUCUGAAUCUUCCAGAAGCCAAAUGAGCCAAACACCUCCAACGAACAAACAGCUGUCUCACCAGGACACAGCGACAGAACAAGCAGAGGAAACUACCAGUGAGGAGAGUGAUGAGCAUCUGGUGCAGUCAGAUGAGGAGGACGUUCAACCUGAUAUGUCAUUGGUUGGCCUCCAAGAUGGUGGCACGGUGAAGGUCUCUGAUGAGCAUAACCCUACAGGGGGUCUGCCCUCUUGGUAACCUAGCAAAAACAGGGCCUUGAAACUCCUUGAAUACUGGGUCAAAACACCCUUCUGGUGCCCUCAGCUUUGACUUGAUACAGCUCCCAUCUGCAGCCAACAUGAACCAGUACUUUAGUCCCUCUUCCCUCUGAAGUCUGAGGUCAAAACUGCUUUUUUCAGAUUUGAUUUGAAAACAUACCUUCAAGACAAAUGCUGAAUUGAAAUAUUGUUGGGAUACUUGUAUUGCUACAAAGUGUGGUCAGAGUGAGUAACGUUACUCACUGAGACACUGUUUAGGCCGUGAUCAUUGAUAUAAAAAAACUUUCCAUGAAUGAAGUCAAAAGUUUUCCCUAGUUCUGAUGUAUCUUCAAACGGGCAGUCAACAGUUCUUCAACCAUCGAUGAAUUGUAUUGUCUGUUUAAGCAAAGCCUGAUAUAGCUUAUUCCUUUGCACCAUAGAGCUCCAUUGUUGUCCCAAAACUAUUAAAGCCAUGUUGUUUGUAUCAAAAACAUCUAUGUUAAAAUGCAAGAGGCUGACUUGGUUUCAGUUAUACAUAGAGGAUAAAAUACAAAAAUAUCCUAUCAAAUGCCAAAAUACUUUACAGCUGUUUAUAAUAUUAUGGGAUGGGGUUUUCCAGUUGUGCCAACUUACUGUGGCUAUUCAUUCAUUUUAGCCUCUACUGUGAUGACUGCCAGGCAAACAAUACAGUACCCAUUACAAUCUAACACAGACAGGGUAAGCAAGUCAGAAAGUAUUGAGAGAAUAACAGACAUGAUGGUCUUUUCAUUUCUUUGGCUGACAAAUAGAAAAAUAAAGUGUAACUGAUUCUUUAA